UGCUCGGCGGGACUCGAUUCGGCUCCUAAUCGCUCGGCUGGACUCGGCUGAGCUCGGCUCUGAGCUGGCUGCCGGGCGACUUCGGCUCGCUGAGUGCGAGCCUGGGGCCCCGCGGCGGCGGCUGACUGGAGCACCAUGUUCCUUCGCUCCGUCAACCUUUGGAACCUGGCGUUCUACGUCUUCAUGGUGUUUCUGGCCACUCUGGGUGUGUGGGACGUGUUCUUCGGCUUCGAGGAGAACAAGUGCAGCAUGAGUUAUAUGUUUGAGUACCCUGAGUACCAGAAAAUAGAACUUCCAAAGAAAUUGGCAAAACACUACCCAGCCUAUGAGUUAUACCUUUAUGGAGAAGGAUCCUAUGCUGAAGAACACAAAAUUCUCCCUUUGACGGGAAUUCCAGUUCUCUUCCUUCCUGGUAAUGCUGGGAGUUACAAGCAAGUCCGUUCCAUUGGCUCCAUCGCCCUUAGGAAAGCAGAAGACAUUGACUUCAAGUACCACUUUGACUUCUUCAGUGUGAAUUUCAAUGAAGAGCUGGUGGCGCUGUACGGCGGAAGCCUUCAGAAGCAGACCAAGUUUGUGCAUGAGUGCAUUAAGACCAUUCUCAAACUUUACAAGGGUCAAGAAUUUGCUCCCAAAAGUGUGGCAAUAAUUGGUCAUUCUAUGGGUGGGCUGGUUGCAAGAGCAUUGCUUACGCUGAAGAACUUUAAACAAGAGCUGAUCAACCUUCUCAUCACACAAGCCACACCUCACGUUGCUCCUGUGAUGCCGCUGGACCGUUUCAUUACAGAUUUUUAUAUGACUGUAAACAACUAUUGGAUUCUAAAUGCUCAACACAUAAAUUUCACCACACUUUCUGUAGCUGGAGGAUUCCGGGAUUACCAAGUUCGUUCAGGACUAACUUUUCUACCAAAAUUAAGCCAUCAUACCAGUGCCUUAUCUGUUGUGAGUUCAGCAGUGCCUAAGACGUGGGUUUCAACAGACCAUCUCUCCAUUGUGUGGUGUAAACAAUUGCAGUUGACUACGAUCCGGGCAUUCUUUGAUCUUAUUGAUGCUGAUACUAAACAAAUAACUCAAAAUCGCAAGAAGAAAUUGUCCGUUUUGAAUCACCACUUCAUAAGACACCCAGCAAAACAUUUUGAGGAAAAUCCAGCAAUAAUUUCUGACCUAACAGGGACAUCUAUGUGGGUUCCAGUAAAAGUGUCCAGAUGGACCUAUGUGGCUUACAAUGAAUCUGAUAAGAUAUAUUUUACAUUUCCUCUUGCAAAUCAUAGAAAAAUCUACACACAUGCCUAUUGUCAGAGCACCAUGCUGGAUACAAACAGUUGGAUUUUUGGCUGCAUAAACAGCACUUCUAUGUGCCAGCAAGGGGUUGAUCUGUCGUGGAAAGUUGAACUGCUGCCAACAAUUAAGGGGAUGAUGUUCAUGGGUGCUGUCAGCCAGAAGCUCUUUGCUACCUGGCUAGGUUGGACUCAUCUGAGAUUACACAGUAACUCUCCAUCAUCUUUGGCAUCCAUUCACCAACUAUGGACUACUGUGUCACACACCACCAAAUCUCUGACAUUAAGACUUCAGGACUAUCCGUCUUUGUCUCAUCUUGUCGUUUAUGUUCCAUCAGUUCAUGGAAGUAAGUUUGUUGUAGAUUGCGAAUUCUUUAAAAAAGAGACUAGAUCAAUACAGCUUCCUGUAACUCAUCUUUUUUCCUUUGGAUUGUCUUCAAGGAAAGUGCUAUUGAAUACAAGUGGCCUGUACUAUACUUUAGAGCUGCUGAACUUUGGGCAGAUAUACCAAGCUUUUAAACUCAAUGUGGUAAGCAAGUGCUCAGGAACCAAAGAAGAAAUAACAAGUAUCUAUAAACUUCAUAUCCCCUGGUCUUAUGAAGAUUCGCUAACUAUUGCACAGGUUCCAUCUUCCACAGAAAUUUCUCUGAAACUUCAUAUUGCUCAGCCAGAAAAUGACAGCCACGUGGCAUUAUUAAAAAUGUACACAUCAUCAGACUGUCAGUAUGAGGUGACAGUCAAGACCUCCUUUUCACAGAUUCUCGGACAGGUAGUUAGAUUUCAUGGAGGUGCUCUUCCUGCUUAUGUUAUGUCCAGUGUCCUUCUUGCUCAUGGAGGACAGCUGUACUCUCUUUUCUCAGCAGGUUAUUGUUUAGAAUAUGCUGCCAUAUUGGAUAAAGAAGCCAAGCCAUACAAAGUUGACCCUUUUGUAAUUAUGAUUAAGUUUUUAUUGGGGUGUAAAUGGUUUAAGGAGCUAUGGGACUUACUGUUAUUACCAGAAUUAGAUGCCAUCGUUUUAACAAGUCAGAGUAUGUGUUUCCCCCUUGUGUCCUUGAUUCUCUUUCUGUUUGGAACAUGUAUUGCCUACUGGAGUGGCCUGCUAUCUUGUGCGUCUGUGAGACUGCUUUCUUCCUUGUGGCUAUCUUUAAAGAGACCCUCUGAACUUCCUAAAGAUGUCAGGAUCCUAUCUCCAGAUUUGCCCUUCCUGACAGUGGCCCUGCUGGUCAUUAGCUGGGCCACCUGUGGCGCACUUGCCAUAUUGCUGUCCUAUCUCUGCUACCUGUACAAGAUUGUUCAUCUACAAGCAAGCCUAAUAAAUUUUAAGAGUAGCCAGUCUGUGAAUACCAAGCACUCGAGAAGAAGUGAAAAAAAAUCCAACCACUAUAAAGACUCUGCGGUGCACCCACUUCGUGUGUCAGCGGCAGAUGCGGAGGACAGCCUGCGUAUGCACAGCGUGCUGCUCAACCUGCUGGCCUGGGUCGUCCUGCUCAGCAUGCCAUCUUUAGCUUACUGGCUAAAGAACCUCCGGUAUUAUUUUAAACUUAAUCCUGAUCCAUGUAAACCUUUGGCAUUUAUCCUUAUUCCAACCAUGGCAGUUCUUGGAAAUACUUACACGGUGUCAAUAAAAUCAAGUAAACUGUUGAAGACCGCCUCCCAGGUGGCGCUUCCCCUGGCUGUCGGCGUGACCGCUUUCGGCUCUGCGCACUUGUACAGGGUCCUGGGCUUCGCCUUCGUUCCUCUUCUGCUCCACGCCUUGUGCAACCUGAUGUGAGAGGGACCCGGGGAGAGCAGCAGCGGCCGAUGCCUGAGGGCUGGGAUGGUGGACGCAGGCUCGCUGCGUGGACACCCAAGUCUGUUUUUACACUGGUAAGAGUAGGAAGUUAGUUUUGUAAGGCCUGAGGAGAGGAGGUGAAGCAUGGUUUCGCUGUAGGGUGGCCUCCCUUCUGCGUGUGCUGUCUCGGGGCCUGGUGGAGGGCUGGUGGCAGCCCGGUGCUUGAGGACGCAGACGCCUGUGCACCCGCCCGGCCCGCAUGCCGUCCAUCAAGCAGUCAGCUGUUCGGCACCUUCUGAAAAGUGACUUGUUUUCUAUUUGCUGUCAUUUACAUACUGUCAAAUGAGUUUUCAAGGGUGAUGAAUUUCACAACUGUUUGGUUUCUCGGAAGUGAAAUAGCCACAGAGAGUCUUUGGUCUCUUUGGCCGUUACGGUGAAAAAAGCGAGCUACCUCCUUCAUACAUGAAAGAGAGCUUUGAAUUACAAGGAGACUUGUUUUUGAUAAGCACUGUAAGAUCAGUGAGUGGAAACACGAUUCACAUUCAAAAUACGGAAGUUUUCUUGUUAUUCUGAAAUAUGAAUUGUGUCUUGUUAAAUUUUAAAAAUAUUCUUAAAGGUAUUAUUGUCAUUAGAGUAGUUCGUUUUUGUUGAUUUAAUUCAUUGUCCUGAUGGUUGCUGAAAUUUCUUCAGGUGAGGGUAGACUGCUAACUAAAUUUCAGUAAUUGGCAAAAACUAAGUUUGCACCAUUUCUGUCUACUGUGGAAAAAGCAUGAUCAAGUGUAGCAUCAUAUUCAGUGCACAAAUGUAAACUACUGGGGAACAGUAAGUAUAGCAUAAAUAUAAAAGCACACCUGAAGAAAUUGGGGACUGUAGCACAAGAUUUAAUGGUGAAACCUUGAGGGGCCAGGUGACUUGUCCGAUAAAUGAGGCAGUAACAUUUCUACGUAAUUUCAAAUGCAGGUCCUGCUUAGCUAGAAGACAGUGCAAAGGGCAAGGGAGCAGGCGGAGAAUGUUAAGUGCUCUGCUUUCAGAGUGAAUGCGGCCUGAGGAGCACUGGCUCUUAGAGCUCUUCUUUUACGUGUGGGUGCUUUCCAUGUCCAAAACCUCUCACAAAAUGUCCUCAAGUUCCCUCUGGCGAUUCCGCCAUGGCAGCGUGAGCCACUGUCCUUUGUGGCACUGGGGAAUGGGGAUGUCCCAGAGCAGUGAUGGCCAACCCUUUAGGGCUCUCAAUGAUACAGACAGCCACUGUGGCGCAAGUGCCAUAGGUUCACCACCACUGGCCUAGAGGAUCAGUUCCUUCUGUCUGCUGAGCUCUGGUCCAGUGUUCUCUCAGUUGCCGCCUUGAGGUUCCUCCCACUCCUGUGUCUGUAGUGUUGUAUCUCGUUCCUCCUGGUUUCUCCUCCGCCAUGCUGUUUCGGCAUUAGUCACAGAGGGUCUUGUUAGUACCUCUGAGGCUUACAAGUUUUUCCGAAUCUGUUCUAGCCUUGUGCUUAUUGUUCAGUAUGCAUAUUGUUGCUGAGACCCUUGAAAAGAGUGAUAGAUAACCUGAUGGUAGCGGUGACAGACUCAGCAAGCUUGUGUUGACUGGAGAGCAGGAGCAAAAGGAAUGAGCUUUGAAAUGCUUAUGUGUUCAGCACCUGAGAGCAAAGACAGUUUAUUAGAUCUUACACUUGCUCAUGGGACACCAGGUCUGUAAAGAGGGACACAUCUGCCUGUAUUUGGCAGUACGUACAAAACGGCUUAUACACACAUGGUAUCUUUUGUUUUGUCUCCAGUACUCUGUAUCCCAAGUAUAGGUUAAAUGUGUCAUUUAACUCUUCUGAAUUUGAACUUAGUCCAUAUACAGAAAAAAAUUUGAACUUAAGUCCUCUAUACACAGAAAGAAUUUUAAGAGUAUUAAUUAAUUUGAUCUUCAGUUGGCAGCCAUAAUUAUCAUGUUUAUGGGAUUGAAAGUCUCUUGUCCAGUCAGGGCUGCUUAGGAAUUUCUUGCUCAGUAGUGGACAGUUGCUUUUUAAAGCAGUAGACCAGGCACACUAAUUCUCACUAGAGCAUUUUUGUGUGAAUAUACUUAUCACCAAGUCCUCAAAUCGUAUUUAUGCCAACAGAAUAUUUUAAGCAUUACAAAAUGGAUUCUAGUUAAAUAUUUUAUAAACAGUCAUGGAGUGCAUUUUUUAGCUAUGACACAGCAGAUAAUCACUUGGCCCACAUUUCUGUCCUACGCAUGAGGUCUGACGUCUUCUAACAUCAUUAUUUGAGUUAGUGCAAAACUAUCAUGCUGCAUUUGAAAUUUUGGGCACUACUUACUAAAAUCAUUUGGGAAAAUUUCCGAAACGUGUUGGGACUUCCUCUGACGAGGCGUCUGUUAUUCUCAGACUAGUCUUCAUGUUCCCAGUGUGUGGGGUUUGUAAACUUAGAUACCAUUGGAAACAAGAUACUCUGUGAAGUUCAUUAUGAGGAAAAUAAACUUUGAGAGUAGGGCAUUGACCAGAAUAAUGGCAGCAACAGAAGUAUCUCCAUAGUAGGAAAUUAGACCCAGCCAAGGGUCUUCCUUAUCAAAUACAUGUCAAUUUAGAAGGAACUUUUGCAUAAUCAUAAGAUGAUUGGGAACUGAUAUUUUAGCCCAGGGUGUUUUGUUUGUUUGAUUGGUUGGUUUUUGUUUUGGUUUUUUGAGACAGGGUCUCACUAUGUAAUUCAUGCUGGCCUUGAACUCACGGUGAUCUUCCUGUCUCAGCUUCCCAAGAGCUGGGAUUGCAGGCGUGCACCACCACUCGCAGCUCAUCCCAGGGCUUUUGAACAAAGAAUGUUUCAAAUUCUGAAGUAAUCUUUUAUUUAUACACAUUACUACUCAAUAUUCUUUACUUUUCAUGAGGAUAAUGUGAAAGAAAAUCCAAAUAUGCGAAUGCUCAAGAAUUCACAUUUUAAAAAUAAGAUACAUUAUGAAUAGAGAAGGCUAAAUUGUAUAUGUUAGAAACUUAGUUAUGAGAACAGAAUGAAAUUUGGGAGUAGAAUAAAUAUCAAUAGUGUAAAUGUAACAGUGUACCUAAGUUGAUAACGUGUCUUUCAAACAUUAGGUAUUAUUCUUAGCUACAUCUUGAUUAAAUUGUCUAUGACUAAUUAUUUUUAAGUCAAGUACUUUCUGAAAGGAUUUGGCAUGGUUAUACUGCCAAAAACUUCUGGUUUUAACUAUCAUGACAUCAUUUAAUUUCUGAUAACUUUGUAUAAGACUUGAUAUAUAUGAAUCAGAAUCAACCUGUAAUUAUUCUGUACAUUGUAACUUGUGAAAAACUCGGUGUGCUUUGAUGAAUUGUGUAAGCUUGCAUAUUUGAAUUCUAACCUUAUCUUGGGAAGUCUAACAGUAGCCAUUUUUGUAACAUUCAUAAUACUAUUUUUAAUGUAAUUUUGACUUUUAGUAUUUAUAUAGGAAAGUUACUAGUAAGAGAGAGUUUAUAGUCAAAGCAUAGAACUACUAACUGUUCAAAAGCCUAAAAGACAGGCCAUUUUAUAUUUCAUGUUGCACUUAUUCUGUUUCAUACCGGACUUUUUCAUCCUUUUUUUAGGAAAAAAAAAAAUGACUGAUUUGAAUUCUUUUUAGGAUAGCUCUGCAGUGGAAACUAUAUGGCUGUAUUCAUAUGGUUAGCAAAACACACUUUACCACCAAAGCUAAAUGAAAUUGUAAAAUACCUCUGGAUAUUUGUGCCAAUGAACUUUUCUUAGUAUAUUGAGAUUAAAGCAAAAAGAAUCUUUUUGGUAUUUUUCACCCAUGACCUAUAAUAAAUGUGUAUAUCAUGAAAAAUUAUAUUCCAAACUCUUAAUUUUUCUUUGAAAAUAUUCAAAGUUAUAGCAUAAUGUACUCUGCUUUGCACAUUUCUCCAAUAUUUUCUGAUUUUAUUGGGUAAAAGUCCAUCCACUUAAUAAUGAUCUUUCAACAGUUAAGUGAAGUACUCAUUUGAAAUCAUUCUGUGCAGACUCAUCCUGUGACAUGAAACACUGUUGUACAUCCCACUCUUGGUACAGGUGUCUCGUUUAGGUAAUGGAAGUUUACUGUAGAAUCCCAUUGCCAUUCAGUCCCUCUGUAUAACACAUUGCAGAGGGAGAUUAUCCAUUAGAACCCACAUGAACAGUGCAUGAAGGAAGCUUCUAAAAAGUCAUACAUUAUAUCAAAAUGUUAUAAACAAGCAGGAAUUAAUGCUAAAGGGUUAAUGUUAAUACUGCAUUCUGCUAUUGAGAGAAAAGUUAGAAAUAUGAUGGGCUCUCAAACUGCUGUUUAUUUGCUUGAAAGCCUUUAAUUUCUCCCCAUAGAAAGUUUAAAGAAACUUUAGCCCCCCGUGUGACAGUUUGCCCGUCAUUUAGUGUCGCCUCCUGAUUCUCUGUACAGUGAUGUCGGUACCGUUUGCUUAAGUAGCCUUGGAAGUGAAGAGGUAGCACAGAGAGCCAAAUACUGAAAUAUUUGGCCUUACAUUACAGUUUAAUCGUCUAAUGUGGACUGUGGGUAAUAUUAAAACAAAAAGAUGCAUAAGACGUGAAUUCAGUGUGUUCUGUCAUUUGGAAUGGAUUUGUCCUCUGUAUUGAAUAAUUACAUCCUUAGUAGGAGAUGCCUGUGUCCUAACAUAAUCAUGCUUUCUACAUAGUCAAAAGUGCAUUGUUGGAAUACUAGUAGAAUGAACUGUCCUCUCCUGUGUUGUGGGGAAGAGGGGGAAGCUCCAAUUUUUAGUGCAUAUAAAUUAGGAAAUUAUAGUGUGUAUUUACAUUUUUUAAAUGGAAAAAUGACUUAAAUGUAUGAUUUUGAAAUGACUGUAUUGCAGUUUCUUAAUCUUAUGACAUGUAGCAAUGUACCCAUGGGAAACCAGACCAAAAUUGAAUAUAUAUUAUCACUGUGACCUUGAAUUUACAGUCAUUUGGAAUAAAACAGACUGUGCCUUAAAAUGACAAAGGAAUGCCCUGCAGUUUUAUAAGUGUAUGUUUUAUUAUGGGUGGCCUUCGCAUAUGGGUGGGUCCCAAGUCCCUUUCUUUGAGGUUGUUGAAAUAGAAGCUUCAAAGUUGACCAGUACUCAGUAUUUAGUGCUUAGUAUUUGUAGAACUGUCAUCCUAGAGGCCUCCCUUAAUUCUCAGUGUUCUUGUUUUGAGUCAAAGUGACUUAGGCUACACAGGUGCAGAAAAUUAAGUUUGGCUACUAUUUUGGGGAGAAAAUUAUUUUGGGAGGUCGUGGUACUUCUGCUCUAAACUUACUGUACAUGGAAACUCAUUUUCACAAUGUGGUGUUUUUGUCUUAUUAAUGAACACAGACAUGAAUUCUUUACUAAGACCUAUCCUCAUUUUUCCUCAGAUUUUGAGGUUUAUGUUUGUAUAUAUCAAAUAAGCGUAAUUUACCUAAUAAUGAUUUUUGAACAGUUAAACUCAGAUUUUAAAAAUUUUUUAAAAUAUUAUUUCCCCUUUUUUUCUUUUUCUUUCCUAAUUAUUUUUAAAGUAUCAAGACAGUAUGACUUUAUUUUUUUAAAUGUAGGCCUGCAUUUGUACUAUGCUUAUUUAAAAUAAAUAGAUACAAUUUCUAUUAAAAUCCAAAUUAUCCGGGCAUGGUGGCACACACCUGUAGUCCCAGCACUCGGGAGACUGAGACAGGAGGAUCGCCACAAGUUUGAGGCCAGCCUGCACUAUGUAGCAAGACCCUGUCUCAAAAAAAGUCCGAAUUGUUCCAUUUGCAGGACAGUCAUCGUCUCUGCUAAAAGUUGUCACAUUUGUGUGUUUUGGGAGUGUACUAAUUUUAAAUUUAGUUCUGAACAUAAACUCAACACAUUUCUUUCCUUCUGUUUUAUUUCCACUACUUCCCUCAUCCCAAGGCAAAAAAAUAAAUAAAAUAACUUUCUCUAAAAAUAUGUAGAAAGACAAUGUGUCUUCUUAAAACCUGAUCAUAUUCACAAGAAAGUACUUUGGACAAGGGUAUUUAAUAAAGUAACUGGCUUUCAACCUGCAUCCUUUUUAUAUUAUAGUUUAAAAGUUACAGAGUACAAACUUAUAGUGAUAAAAAUUCAGUAGGUGGGCCGGGGAUUUAGCUCAGUGGUUCUGCCACCUGCCUCGCAAGCGCAAGGACCCAAGUUUGAUCCCCAGUACCAAAAAAAAUUCAGUAGGUAUUAUUUAUUUAUUGCAAAUUAAUUUUGUUCUCAUCCAGAGAGUACAGCGCAUAGUAACAAGACUUAAUAGUGCAAAGGACUUGUCCUGUGGUGUAUACUGAAAAAUGGUUGUCACUAUGCAGACUCUUCUAUUUAAGCAGGCAUGUUCUUCUCCAGUACUUUGUAUAAGGUGUGGUGUACUGAAUACACCGAUGUGUGAUUCUAUGUGGACUUUUGGUACUGUGUGCUAACAUUGUCACAUUUAACUGGUUAUAAUUCAGAAAAAGUGCUACUUACUGUAUUCUGUAGAAUGUUGUGAAUGAUUUCACCUGUGUUCCAGCAUUGUGGUGUAGGUUUAAUAGGUGAAUAUUUGCCUUCAGUCUCCACUCAGGUAUUAAUGUGUAGCAAUUUUUGGUGCUUUCUUUUUAUUCUGUCAUAAUGUGGUGUUCUGAAUGUUCAGAAAUAAAUAUCGUGGAUAAGC